GUGUGUGUGUUAAAAUCUCAUUGUGUUUUUAACUCAAGUGGAAUAUUUCCAAAAUUCUGAAAAUCAAUAUGGAGAUGCUAACACUUUAAACUACUACUAGGCUACUGACAGAGUUUAAAGAUUACUGCCAACAUGCAAGCCAUACACCAAAUUUUCCAAAGUGCAGCCAUCAGGCCCCAGUGUGUCUUAAAGAGAGCGCUGUUUUCCCGCAGAUUGUGUUAUCAGGGGUCAGCAUAGCUGCACCGGGACAGCUGUUGGGAGGAGUUAAAUCAACUGAACUGAACCCUUCAUGUGCUCCAAAAGAACCUACAGAACACCCAGUCAUUUAUUUAGCAGCAGCGGGUCUACUCCUAUGUAAUGUGCUGUAUGUAUUAGUAAAGUGUGUUUGAACGUAUGGCGUGACUUAAUGGCUCGCAGAUACAUUUUUGUUUUUUCUUUCUGGUGUGAAGUUUAGACGCUGGGUAGGUAAUAAUAACUGGUUUGUGUGUCUUUGCCAGGUUGAUCUUUUGCAACAAAAGCUUAUCCUGAAUGUGUUCCACGGCCAACUAUGUUCUCCCUCCGAGGAGAACCUGUGAGGUAUUAGCCACUCCAGGAAGGCUGUGUGGGGGAGUGUCCAUGUCAAAUCCUUACCCUGGAGCCAGGUCUCAUGGAGCUCCUCAGGACGCAGAGAUAGACGUGGCUUGGCAGGAGCUGAUGGCAAUCACAGAGCUGCAGGAGUUUGAAGACUCCAGUGCAGGCUCCUAUGAAACAGCACAGUACCAAAACAUGGAGCCCAUGGUCCCGAUGGGAGGAUAUGAGAUGGCUCAGUCCCAUUCCGAGACUCCUCCUGCUGCCUGUGAGCUCAGCACUGGUGCCACUUACGAUGGAUGUUACUCUGAAGAGGUGCCCGUCUGUCAUCGUCCAAGCAGCAACGCAGAGGCAAUGUACGGACACCCUGAUGCUCAGCACAAUCAAAGAAUGCUCCCCAUGUCUUCUCACACACAGCCCUCACACAUGGCUCUUAGGGAACAAAUGAACAUGUCCGGUACCAGCCAAGGGCACAGGAGGGCCAACGCUUGUCUCGCUCAGGAUCUACGUCGGCACAUGCUGUGGACUACACACGGACAAAUUUCACACGCUCGCCCAGGUGAUGAUCUAGAGUCGGACUCUGGUCUGUCCCUGGGUUCUAGUCCACCUUUGGCCUCCCCAGACAAUCCUGUUGGCGGUGCACCAGGUUACCAGAGUGUAGACAUCGGCAUGACUUAUAGUGAUGGAGAACCAGACAACUUGGCUGAACACGCCAGAAGAGCCCACAUCCAUUACUCAAUGGACUACCAGAGUCAGUCUCACUCAUAUUCACACUCGGGUGCACAGCCAUCUUAUUUUUCAACACAACCGACUUUAUCUCAUACUCAACCCAACGCUCUGACUCGGUCAGUGAAACAGCAGGGUCAGACCUCUGCUCUGGGCAACCUGCAUAUUGACUCUGGAGCGCCCAGCAGAGGGAGCUCACAAUACAACAUGUAUGCAAAACCACAAGGAAGUAGCUCCACUCCAGGUCUACUAAGCAGAGAUGAGCGGCGGGCCGUGUCUUUGAAGAUCCCCUUCCCAAUGGAGAAGAUGAUCAAUCUACCUGUGGAUGACUUCAAUGAGCUCCUGACACAGUAUACUCUGACAGAGACUCAACUAGCACUGGUCAGGGACAUUAGACGGAGAGGGAAGAACAAGGUGGCAGCUCAGAACUGCAGGAAAAGGAAGCUUGAGAGCAUAUUUCACCUCGAAAGAGAGCUGAACCAGCUGCAUGCCAAAAGAGAGCACCUGGCACAGGAAAGAGUCGAGUUCCAGCACAGCUUGGCUUUUAUUAAAUGUCGCCUUACAGACCUUUAUUCAGAAGUAUUUUCUCACUUGAGAGAUGAGGAUGGACAACCAUACUCAAUUGAUGAAUAUGCCCUGCAACAAACACCUGAUGGUAAAGUUUAUUUGGUACCUCACGCAACUAUGCAAAAGAGAGAGCAAUGCUGAUUAAUGGAUCGUCUCAUGAUUUCACUCCCCUACAGAAUGAGGCAUACUGCCGGAUUGUGCCAAUCGAUAGUAUGUUGACUGAAAGUUAUUUAAUGUUAUGACCCUUAUGUCAAACUUGCCAUACACAUCUCAUUGGACACCUUUACCCAUCGUACAAUUGACUGAAACCACACCAGUUACUUAUAAAAAUCACUUUAUUAAAAAAAAAUAUAUAUAAAUAGGACACUGCACAGCAGUGUUAAGAUAAAGAAGCACCAGUAUGAUUGUUCAGGAAACCUGUAAAGACAAGAAAAAAAGUCAAAUAAAAGGAAAACUGAAAAGAAAAAAAAGUGAAGGUUUUAAUGAAUGUACCUGAUUUAGCCAUUGUCACUGAAAUGAAGUCAGGUUUUGAAGACCAGGGAGUUUCCUGAAAAGCAGAAACACAAAUUAAGUAAAGUGCUUCUUUCACAAAAACAUCAUUUUUGUUCACAGCAUGCAAUAUGUUGUAGGGCCUCUAUGCACAGUUAGGAGGCCAAUUUUACCAGUGAACAUCGGUGUAAGUCAUAAUAAAACUUGUUUGCACAAAUAUGUCAU